AUGAAAACUAAUAACACAAGAAUGUAAUUGAUAUCGACUUCCAAUUUUAUAUUAAAUGUGCAUGAAAUUAAAUACAAGCUCAAAGUGAAUGUGGUAUAAGAGAAUCGUGGUAUAUCGGUACAUAUGACACGGUCCGCACGGGACGAGGUAGAGUCCCCGUUCCGUUUCGAAGAAAAAUCGUGUGAAAACAAACAAUUAACGCGCACAUAUAAAUAGAAAUCAACUUGACUUUAACGCAGAUUUAAAUAUUUGAGACAAGUGUUAACUAAAAUGGAUUUUACAAAAAUGUUUGUAUUAUUAUUUGGAAUACUCGCUAUAUUUAUGGGAAGAUGUAACGCAAAACCUGGUAUACCGAUUGGAGCCAUUAAAAAAGGAGGGCAAUGGAUUAGGAAAGGUUUCGGCGUUCUCUCCGCGGCGGGUACGGCGCACGAGGUCUACAGCCACGUCAAAAACAGACGAAACUAGAUCCUUAUUCAACUCACUUAUGUCACAGAAUUGUAUUACAAUCCCUCAAUCUUAUACAUUUAUGUAAUACAAUUUAUACACAUAGUAACAAUGUUUACAAGCUAUAUAAAUAUUGUUAUU